AUGUUUGAUGAUGUCUCUAUAUCUGUUCUUCUUGGCAACUUCUCUUCUCAUUCUUUUUCUCCCACCACAGGCGUCCUUCAAGGUUCCAUUCUCAGUCCACAUUUGUAUUCAAUCUAUAUCAACUCCCUGCCACCAAUACUCUGCACAGUUGCAUCACCACUCACCUUAACACAUAUCCCAUCAACCUCUCCUUCCUCAUUGGAUGCUUACAAUUCUCUUCUUGCCCCAUCAGAUGCGAAUGACUUUCGACACAUUCACUUGCCUACUGCCAUUAACAGUCUUCUUUUUGCUGAUGAUGUUGCCAUCUUUGGCUCUGUCACUGAUGUUCAGAGUAUGCUUGAUCUUGCUGCCCAACACUCCUUCCAGCUUGGCUACUGUUGGAGUCCUUCAAAAUGUGCUGUACUCUAUCCUCCUUCACGAUCUUUACCAUGUUUUACUAUCUCUCUGUAUGGCGAGUUGCUUCCUGCAGUAAAUGAGUUUAUAUACUUGGGUAUACCUUUCCAUAACAAAGGCAUCUUUGGACCGCCUGUUGUCACUCAUCGUCGUUCUGGAGCAUUGGCUGCUAUGGCAACUCUUACUGCUGUUGGUGCAUGUAGAUCUGGUUUCAGUUUGCUCUUAAGUUCACGUCUGUUCAAAACCUUUAUACGGCCAAAAUUCGAGUAUGGUCUUGCAAUCACAUGUCUUUUGCAAAAAGAUGUUUUACUUCUAGAGAAAAUUCAAGAUAAAUGCUUGCGAAUGAUUGUUGGUGGCCAUGCAACUUCAUCUACUGCGGUCUUGAAACAUAUCUGCAACCUGCCCAGUAUGGCUUUUCGCGUUGACAUUCUCAAAACAAAAUUUUGUCUUCGGGCACACACUCUUCCUUCUGGUUGUCUUCUCUCUCUGCUCCAUUCUCAUCAUCUCCAAGCAUCAACACUAUCCACUCUUCACACAAACCUUCUUUUUGCCAGCAUUCCUCCUGAUCUUAAUUGCUCCAGCCGCAUAAAACUAUCCAAGCACUUUGAGUCUUUUAGACAAGAAAAGUUUGCUCACUUUCAUCUCACCAACACUAAGAUUCUCAUCCAAGCUUGCCGCCCUCUUCUUGAAGUUGAUCCUGUAUUGUUUCUUCCUGCUACACGCAUAGAACGUGGCCGUCUAGUACGUUGGAGAAUGGGCUGGUUGCCUGGUAAGCCAAAGGAGUGUGCAUGUGGCUUUGAUCAUACUUCAAGACGCCAUCUCCAAUUCUGCAUCACAAUCCCAUCUCAGCUGUUCUCUCAACUUCUAGUACCACCCACAGAUGAAGACAACAUCAUUGACUUUGCUAUAUCAGUACUACCAAUCUCGUCUACACAUCCAAGCCCUCUAUAUUGGAAAGCUCUUCUUACAAUACUAUGGCAUAUUGACAUGCUAUGCAAUCCUAAUGGCAACUACACACAUGAAACUGAUCAUGAUUCUCUCUGGCACUAG